AUGAGAGAGGCUUGCUACCGGGGGAACCUGACCGGCUCAGGUGGACCACCACAACCAUCUGCAGUCGCAGAUUCUGUGGUACGAGAUGACACCAACAUGAUAUCAACCAAGCGAGGGCAGAGCUCGGCGGGCCGCGGGGCGGCUGGGGGCGUAACGAUCGCCGGCGUACGCGCGCCGCGGCCCCCAGGCCGCCACACAGUGACGUCACCUGGUGCGCGGUCGAUGCCGGCCGUGACGUCACUCUGCGAGGUCAAGGGACGCCGCGGCCUGGGCAGGGGCGGGGCCGCGUCGCGCCGGGGGUGGCGGCCGGCGGGGGCGGCGGCCGGCGGGGGCGGAUGCACUGGGGGCGGCGGAGGCGCCGGCUGA